AUGGGUCCCUGUACGGCCUCCCAUUGCUGCUGUCUCCAUCGCCACACUCUGCCAUGUGCCACUUUCAGGUCUCCUCACACUCCUGCUGGUUUCCAUUUUGUCAUAGGUUGCUGUAUGGCCUCCCAUUGCUGCUGCCUCCACCGCCACACUGUGGCUCCAAACACUGGUUUUGGCCCCGUGACUGGCCAAAUGAGUGAAAUGUGCGGUGAUUCUAAGAUCGACGGCACUCAUCUGCAUGUCAUACUGACUGACAGUAUUAUUUCUCUUCCCCAGCAGACUCCAAGGGCAUUUAAAUUAAAGGUACAGUGUUCUGCACUAAUAUUA